AAUUUUUUUUUAUUUACAUUUAUGUCCGUUUCUGUCUCAACACUGUUCUUUCGGCUCGAUUUUCAAAUGGAGAGAAGCAUGGAGCUCCAAAACGCAGUGAAAGAAGCCCUAAACGCACUGUACCAUCAUCCAGAUGAUACGGUGCGUAUGCAAGCGGAUCGAUGGUUGCAAGAUUUUCAAGGGAUAAUUGAUGCUUGGCAGGUUGCUGAUAAUUUGCUUCAUGAUGCCACCAGCAAUCUAGAAACGUUAAUAUUUUGUUCUCAGACACUUAGAAGUAAGGUACAACGGGAUAUUGAAGAGUUACCUUCUGAAGCUGUUUGUGCUCUACAGGAUUCCUUAAAUACCUUAUUGAAAAAGUUCCAUAAAGGUCCCCCUAAAGUCAGGACUCAGAUAAGCAUUGCAGUAGCUGCCUUGGCUGUCCAUAUUUCUGCAGAAGAUUGGGGAGGUGGUGGUAUUGUUGGUUGGCUUAGGGAUGAGAUGAAUUCUCACCCUGAAUACAUACCUGGAUUUUUGGAGCUACUUACAGUAUUGCCUGAGGAAGUAUACAACUACAAGAUAGCAGCUCGUCCAGAAAGACGUCGUCAGUUUGAGAAGGAGUUGACUUCUCAGAUGGAAGCUGCUCUUGGCAUAUUGACAGCUUGUUUGCAGAUUAAUGAACUGAAGGAAAAGGUUCUUGAGGCAUUUGCAUCCUGGCUUCGAUUGAAGCAUAGGAUUCAUGGUUCUGUGCUUGCCUCUCACCCCCUUGUGCUUACAGCUAUCACAAGCUUGCAUUCUGAGAUACAUUCUGAGGCAUCUGUAAAUGUCAUCUCUGAACUGAUACACCACUCAGCAGCUGGAAGCUCUGGUGGUGCUGCUGUAAACAUGCCCUUAAUUCAAGUAAUUGUGCCUCAAAUUAUGAAUUUAAAGGCACAACUUAUGGAUUCAUCUAAGGAUGAGGAAGAUGUGAAGGCUAUUGCUCGAUUAUUUGCAGAUAUGGGUGACUCAUAUGUUGAACUGAUUGCAGCUGGUUCUGAUGAAUCAAUGUUGAUUGUGCAUGCACUGUUGGAAGUCGCUUCACACCCAGAAUAUGAUAUUGCUUCAAUGACUUUUAAUUUUUGGCACAAUCUUCAGCUUAUCUUGACAAAAAGGGAUUCUUAUAUCGCAUUUGGUAAUGAAGCAUCUGUGGAAGCAGAGAGAAAUAGAAGGUUGCAGGUUUUUCGUUCAGCCUAUGAGUCCCUUGUAUCUUUGGUUAGCUUCCGAGUUCAAUACCCUCAGGAUUAUCAAGACCUUUCAUUCGAGGACCUCAAGGAGUUUAAACAGACUAGAUAUGACCUGGCAUCAAGCACUUCUUCAACACUAAUGGAAUCUCUGAUGUUGCUAGCUGUUGCGGAUGUUCUAAUCGAUGCAGCAUCAGUUUUAGGUGGUGAUGCAACAUUGAAAAUUCUUUACACAGAGCUUGUUGAGGGUGUAGCACUUUGUCGAAAUGAGCAUAGUGAAUGGCGUCCAGCAGAGGCUGCUUUAUUUUGCAUCCGGGUUAUAUCAAAUUAUGUUUCAGUCAAUGAAGCUGAAGUGAUGCCCCAGAUUAUGUCUUUGCUUCCAAAACUUCCUCAACAACCCCAACUUCUCCAGACUGUUUGCUUAACCAUUGGAGCAUAUUCAAAAUGGCUCGAUACUGUAUCAAGUGAUCCUUCUAUAUUGGCUUCAGUCCUUGGUAUGCUCACAAGUGGCAUGGCCGUUUCCAAAGAUUCAGCUGCAGCUGCAGCUUUGGCAUUGAGACACAUUUGUGAUGAUUGCCGGAAAAAGCUUUGUGGAUACUUGGACGGUCUCUAUAAUGUGUAUCGAACAGCAGUUAAUGGGGAAGGGAGUUUGAAAGUUUCUGCUGAGGACUCGUUGCAUCUGGUUGAAGCCUUAAGCAUGGUUAUUACAGAACUUCCUCAAGAUGAUGCUACGAAGGCUCUUGAGAUGUUGUGCUUACCAGUGGUUACUCCCUUACAGGAAGUUAUCAAUCAAGGACCAGAAGUAUUGCAUAAGAAGCAUCCUCGUGACUUAACUAUUCACAUUGAUCGAUUUGCAUACAUCUUCAGGCAUGUAAAUCAUCCUGAAGCUGUGGCAGAUGCGAUACAAAGGCUUUGGCCCAUAUUCAAAGCUAUAUUUGAUAUUCGUGCUUGGGAUAUGCGAACAAUGGAGUCUCUUUGUCGAGCUUGCAAAUAUGCUGUUAGAACUUCCAAAAGGUAUAUGGGAAUCACAAUUGGAGCCAUUCUAGAGGAGAUUCAAGGUCUAUAUCAACAACACCAACAGCCAUGUUUCCUUUAUCUCUCUAGCGAAGUAAUAAAGAUAUUUGGUUCUGAUCCAUCUUGUGCUAGCUACUUACAAAAUCUGAUAGAAGCUCUUUUCAAGCGCACAACAUGUCUUCUCACAAGUAUUGAGGAGUUUACUUCAAAGCCUGACGUUGCAGAUGAUUGUUUUCUGUUGGCAUCAAGGUGCAUACGUUAUUGCUCGCCGCUAUUUAUCCCGUCUUCUGUAUUUCCAUCACUAGUAGAUUGUGCUAUGAUUGGAAUUACAGUACAGCACAGGGAGGCAUCCAAUUCCAUAUUGACCUUCCUAUCUGAUAUCUUUGAUCUUGCAAAGUCUUGCAAGGGAGAAGAAUACUUAUCUUUGAGGGACACUGUCAUUAUUCCUCGAGGUGCCAGCAUUACCAGAAUUUUGAUUGCCUCAUUGACAGGAGCACUCCCAAGUUCUCGACUAGAGACUGUAACUCAUGCACUAUUGGCCUUAACUCGGGCAUAUCAUGUCCAAGCAUUGGAGUGGGCUAAGGAGAGUGUUUCUUUGAUUCCAUUGACAGCUGUUGCAGAGGUGGAACGGACAAGGUUUUUGCAGGCAUUAUCUGAUGCAGCAUUGGGAGCUGAUGUGAAUGCCCUGAUGGCUCCAAUUGAAGAACUGUCUGAUGUUUGCCGUCGAAAUCGGACAGUUCAAGAGAUAGUAAAAGGAGCUUUGAAGCCGCAUGAAUUGAAACUGGUGCCUGUAUUAUAGCGGAAAGUAAAAAGGGGCUGUUUUGCCGAGGUCCCAAUUGUCGUUUUAUAAAUUACUCGAUUGUGUAUUAGUUAUAUUUUUUCAUCAUUGUGUUUCCAUUUUCAUUCUCCAAUUUUUCUGAGGAGAAUCUGGCGUUUAUAUUGGGCGGGCGAGAAUAGUCUGUCGUUGUAUAUUAAUUGACCGAAUGGUUCCAAUUGUUUUGGCUUCAAUGUUGUUUGGGGUAAAGUUUCUGCGGGUAUAGAUUUGUAAUUUUCUUUGGUAAUUGGAAAUUUUUUUCUCCUCCA